GUGUUCGUAGCAAUGGAGUGUAACAAUCUGACGGGGUCAAAAUUGUAUAUACGGAAGUAAAUGGCAUUUUGGGGAAAUAUUCUUUAAAAACGGCUAUUACCACUGUUGAAGUCUAUUUAAAGUGCUCGAGUGAAGUGUUUUGCCGCUCUUGGAUUUGCCGCUUUCAGUUGGCGUUGUAUUAUCAGGCAGUUGAUUAAGUCAGGUGUGGUUUUGUAAGACGCGUCAUCAGAUAUCUAUUGAAGUUCUUUUAUCUCUUUGGAACUCAUUUUUUGACUUAACCUGACUGCAAGGUAUAAUUUGUUUCCAUGCUGUGGUCGGGUUCCUCUGAUUGGCAAAGGGACCUGUGGCUUGCUGUAGACAAUCAUUAUGGCGGAGUCCUGUGUUUCGGAGGAUGACCACACAGGCACUGAUCUUUGUGUUAUUCCUCAUGUUGUUGAUGGUUCCGAAGAAGCUUUUGGUUUUGGGGAUGAUCUCGAGCUGAAUCAGUUUGAUGGUCUGCCAUAUUCUUCGCGUUAUUACAAACUUUUGACAGAGAGAAAGUCCCUGUCUGUAUGGAAAGUGCGAUGCGAAUUCCUGGACCUCUUGGUGAACAACCAACUUGUAAUAAUUUCAGGCACAACAAAAACCGGGAAGAGUUCUCAGAUCCCACAGUGGUGUGCGGAGUUCUGCCUGUCAGCACAGUUCCAGCAUGGCAUGGUGGUGUGUACCCAGAUCCACCGGCAGCAGGCCGUGGAGCUCGCCCUGCGUGUGGCCGAUGAGAUGGAUGUGAACAUUGGCCACGAGGUGGGCUACAGCAUCCCUCUGGAGACCUGCUGCUCUAGUGACACCGUGCUCAGAUACUGCACAGAUGAUGUGCUACUGCGAGAGAUGAUGUCAGACCCUAUGCUGGAGCACUAUGGGGCCAUCAUUCUAGACCAGGCUCAUGAGCGCACCGUCAGUACUGACCUCCUCCUGGGCCUCCUCAAGGAGAUUCUGGCCCAGAGGCCAGAGCUGCGCGUGGUGGUGCUGUCCGCUCCCCCGGCUGCCGACCACCUGCUGGGCCACUACGGAACUGCCGUGCCCCUGCUGAGGCUGGAGAGCCUGAACACUGCUGAGGUGGUGCACAGCAGCGGCAGCCACAAGGAUUACUUCUACCCAGCCCUCAGACUGGUGCUGGAGAUCCACCGCACCAGGGAGGAGGGAGACAUCGCUGUGUUCCUGGCCUCAGCUCAGGAGGCGGAGUGUGCCUAUGGGAUCUUGUGUAAGGAGGGGGCCAGGCUGAGUGGUGGGCUGGGGCAGCUGGUACCUGUGGCCCUUCACCCGGGCAGGCUGGGGGUCUUGCCAUGUACGGCCGAGGAGCAGCCACACAGCCGAAGAGUCUUCCUCUCCCACAGUCAGGCUGAAGACAUGUUCUGGGCUGUGGACUCGCUCAACUUUGUGAUUGACACUGGGAUGGAGAGGAAAUAUGUCUACAACCCUCGUGUCCGGGCAUACGCAGAGGUGAUGAGACCCAUCAGUAGAUGUCAGGCUGAUAUCCGCAAGCAGCUGACCAGGCCUGGAGGGAAGUGCUUCUGCCUGUACCCUGAAGAAACCAAGCUGCCCGCAGUAAGUGCCCCCCAGCUGCUGCAGUCCAGCAUUGUGCCCACCGUUCUGUUCCUCAAGAGAAUGGAAGUAGCUUGCCUGGGCCACUGUGACUUCAUUAACAGACCAGAUCCUGAGAGUCUAAUGCAGGCUCUUGAGGAGCUGGAUUACCUGGCUGCAUUGGACAAUGAUGGGAACUUAUCAGAGAUUGGAAUCAUCAUGUCAGAGUUUCCUUUGGACCCCCAGAUGGCCAAGUCACUGCUGGCCUCCUGCGAGUUUGACUGCGUGAGCGAGGUGGUGACAAUCGCAGCCAUGUUAGCAGCGCCAAGCUGCUUCUUGGAACCACCUGUCGGCAUGGCAACUGAGGCAAUGCAGUGCCACCUGAAAUUCCAGCAUCCAGAGGGUGACCAUUUCACUCUCAUCAACAUCUACAACACCUUCAAGCAGAGCCAAAGAGAGCCCUACUUCAGCCCUGAAAAGUGGUGCCAGGACUACUUCCUGUGUUACGAAGCGUUGCAGACUGCUGGUGCCAUCCGAUCUGAACUGAUGGACAUCCUCAGAAGGCUCGAGUUGCCCAUCUCUGAACCGGCAUUUGGAACAAAAACCAACACCCUCAACGUCAAGAGAGCUCUGCUGGCUGGAUUCUUCAUGCAGAUUGCCAGAGAUGUAGAUGGCUCAGGGACUUACUUUAUGCUCUCCAACAAGCACGUGGCUCAAGUACAUCCAUUGUCCAGCUAUGGAGCUAAAGCACACAAACUGGGUCUGCCAGAGUGGCUGUUCUUCCAUGAGUAUACGCUGUCCGAGAACAACUGCAUCCGCACUGUGUCUCAAAUCUCUCCCGAAGUAUUUAUUCAGAUGGCACCCCAGUAUUUCUUCUACAAUCUGCCUUCAAGUGAGAGCAAGGACAUACUGCAGCACAUCAUGGAUCAUGAAGGCUCAGGCAACUGCAAGAACAAGAAACAGACCUCACAGGCCAUCACCAGUGCAACACAGACUGACUGCCCAGAGCCUCAGUCUUAUGACAGAUGUGUGAUACAGUAAAACUAUUCAUACUGCAGUCAGAAUUGAAGACCAGUUGCCAAAAUGAACUAUGGAGCACAUAAGUGAACAUUUGUCCUUGUGUCGAGAUGUUUAAUGUUGUCAUUUAGGACAUGUUGCAGAUGAAAAAACAUGGAUUCAGGGAAGGAAUAUAUAUAGCAUUUUAAUAUGCAAAUUCUGAACGGUUUUUGGAACAUAAAUGUACAUACAUUUUGGACUUCUAAGUGUAUAGAAAGUGUUCGGGAGAGGCUAUUUUCAGCUAUUCUGGGACUAGUAUUUACACAUUACAGGUCAAUAAAUUAUUGCACUGA